UCUUUAGUCAGUGGUAGAUUUCAAUAGUAUGCGCAGGCUGCUUGCCGGUGUCGAUUAGAACAAGAACUAGCUUUUCUUGUGAUCCAUGAUGCCUUAAUCCAAAUACAGUCGAACCACACGACAACGAUAGUAACGACUAUGGAAGAAAUCCAAUCGAAAUUAGCCGUUUAAACGACAAGUCACCGUUGGGCAGAGGUCGUCGUUGUGAGACGAGUACAGAAGUCGCCUGAUACGUAACGAAAGGACGCCUCUAAAUGUGAUGGAACGAUACUAGAACUAAGUAACUCAAUAUAAAUGCGCCAUUUUUAGGGCAUGCCAUGGAUGGUGGUACAUACGACUUAGGAAUGUCAGAAUAUGUUUUCAGUCGAUAGCUCACAGUCGAUCCGCACUCUGACAACACGAGACAGCUCACGUAUAAAUGCUAUCGCAUGUAAAUAAAAAGAAUACUAGAGAGAUUUUUUCAGUGAAUUUUUGCAAAAUAAAGUUUCUUUACGAAAUGAGACUGAGGAUCAAAAUCAGUGAUUAUUCGAUUGACUCUUUCACCGAACAAAUAUUGCGAAUCCGAAGAACAUUGUGUAGAUCGACGCUUACUAGUGCAGACAAACUGUAAAACUGUGGAGGCAACGCCUGGCCAACAUCUGUCACCCGAAGUACCUCGUUAUGGCAGAUUGUCACGGCAUAAAAUUUAUUUUGUAACGACUGGCCAACUUUUAGGGUUUUGUUUUUUUGCUUAUCUUACAUCUCCAGAAUAUUGUGGAGGAUAAAUCAUCCAUAUAAAUUUCUUUUAUGUCAUGUAACUCUUGCAAUGAUCACGCAACAUUGUGCCAGUUUUGCGCUCCGAACACCUUCAAAAACGAAAUACGCAACUAUUACAGGAUAUAAUCAGCAACGUAAAGCAUUAUAUCGAGUGCUAAGGCGACUCUAGACAGAUUUAACACUCGAAUUUUGUUACGAACUAUAUACACCAUUUUCCCCUUGCGUGAUUAUCGCCCGGGAUUAUCGUAACUGGGAAUCAUGAAUAUGCAUAAAGUGAAAGAUGUAAAACAUGAGAAAUUUGAUAUAUGAGAUUAAUAGUCUCGACCCAGUUGAUAGUAACACAAGAAUUUAUAAUCUACUAGCUCGCGGUCAAAGGGAACUGAUCGUGUUUGGCGCGGAAUUUGAAGCUUUAUUGUAGCUUUUCUUCACUUUGGAGGUUUAAACAGUGUUAUGGACGCGUUUUUUCGACAAUAACCGGCCGCUGAAAGGCACAAAGUGUCAGAUGCCACCUCCAAAAUAAGAAAAUAUUUCUGUGCGAGAUCGACAAAGAAGACGCAUAACCUUUGUGCUAGGAUCUGCUUGUCGGGUCCUAAACCAUUAAGCUCUUUCCUAUGAUUGCAAUGGAACCAGAAGGUAGCACGGACGGAUUUCUCAGGAAAAAAUGUGUGCCUUUUAUUACAGGUUUUGAAUUGGUGGCUGGCCUUAUUACAUUUGUUGCUGGUGUUGCAAUAAUUCAUAAAGAAAAAACUCAUGCAGCAAUUUCAAGUGUGAAUAUUCAAACUGCACCUAUUUUACUACUUGUGGCUGGAAUUUUAAGUGUAUUGCUGGCAGGUCUUGGAAUCUAUUGUAUAAUGAAAAAACUGACUUUCAAUGGUAGUGGGAAAGCAUUUAUAAUUGUGUUUAUGGUCCUUCUUGCUGUGAGGGCUCUAAUUGCACUGAUAGCUGGAGGUGUUGGAAUAAAUUACAUCAAAGAGGUGAAGGAUAAGUUUGAAGAAGACUUACAGAAUAGCAUAGAAAAUUAUGGAAGGACAGGAAAAGAAAAAAUGACUCAUAUUGACAGGUUGCAGAAACAGGACGAAUGUUGUGGGGUGUUCACCUAUGCUGACUGGCGCGCUACCAUAUAUGGAGGACACAGAUAUGACAAAGUCCCAGAUAGCUGCUGCAAAACCGAAGAAUAUGCAUGUGGUUUUAAGUUUACAGAUGAGGCAACACUCAACAAAAAGGGGUGUGCUUCGAUUGCGCUAGACAAGAUGUUUAAACACUUGAGGAUUGUAGGUGCUAGUGGCAUCACUUCCGGAAUAAUAGAGGUGAUCCUUUUCAUCUUCUUUCUUACUUGUUACCUUAAAGUUUGCAACAGUGGUACUCAUAACCAGCCUGUCGCGGCCGUAACGGUCGGAUAUCAGAAGACUGAUGAUAUGUCUGGGGGUGAUGAUGAGUCGGGUGCUCAGGAAGGCAGUGCGCCGAGUACACGGGAGCAUGACGUGCUCUCACCACAAGGUAGUCGAUCUGGUGCAAAAGCUACAUUGCCUCCUCUGAAGACUGCCCCAGAAACCUCAGAAGAAACGAGAACAGAGGAGCAUAAGAAGAAAAAACGUAAAAAAAGCAAAUAAGGCAAAGGUUGACAGGGAGCCUGUUCCAUCCUAUUUUAAUUUUGCUUUAUGUUUACUCCUUUUUUUCGUUACAGGAAAAUAUUCUAGAACAGGCAAAUUGGAAGUGUUGCCUAGGUUCACUUUCUUUUUGGAAUGUUGGCCCCCAAACCUAAACUUGUUACAUUACUUGCCAAAAUUAUCGGACAAUUUUAAUUUCGGACAAAAAAUGCCCCAAAAUAAAACCGUCCGAAAUUUUUAAGCUUCCGAAAUUUUAAGCGUCACAGUACAGUGUAAAACUUUUAAAUAGCGCCAAAACUCUUAGUUUCCUUCAUGGAGCGAACUGUAGCUGAGGCUAGUAUAAUAUGUGUUAUUUUCUUUUUACUAUGUUUUAAUAUGUGUUAUUUUCUUUUUACUAUGUUUUAAUAUGUGUUAUUUACUUUUUACCAGAUACAUGUAAGAUUCAAGUUUGUACGAAAAAGUAGUCAACAAAGUUUAUUUAAAAAAAUUA